CAAAGGGGCGGGACGUCGAGCAGCCAAUGGGAUACGAGCGCUGAGGCAGGGCGGGUGCUUGCAGUGUGCGUUACGGUGCGUGGCGGUGGCUGAGGUUUACUUUCAUUUGGCGGAAGGUUGGAUGUUUAAAUGGCCUCAGAAGGGCAAAGUGAGGAUGCUGAGCAUCUGUCUGAGCCUCCUAUAGUUCCUACUUGGUUUAACAACUCAUUUCGAUGGGGAGACAUUCUUGCUGCAGUGAAAGACCAUCUCCCGUCUCUGGACUCUGAUUCUUCUACAUCUGACUGUGAGAGUGAUGAGGAGCUUUUCAUCUUCCAUCGAGACCAACCCAACUUGAUUCCUGACCUGUCAGAUGAGCUACUGGAGUUUUCCCUGGAAGACUCAUAUGAGCAGGUUAUGACUGCUAAAGCAGAAGGAAAUAAGUGGAAUGGAGAUCUGAAGAAUCUUGGCCAUCAGGAAAAAACAGAUGGUGCCCAAGUCAUUGCAAAAGAAUAUGUUCAAGUGAUUAAAGAUGAGGCUUCCAAACUUUCCAGCCAUACUGAAGAAAUUCCAAGCCAAAAGGAAGCUGUUCUUGAAGGGUAUCUUGCAGAUUCCACAGAUGGACUUGAAGAGGAAAAACCAGGAAGGCAACAGGCCAGGGAAAAAGGGAACUCUUGCCUUAAUACAUCAUUAUUACUGGAGGAACUGUGCAAUAAAAAAGAGACAAGAAAGCUGAUAGAGACAAAGAUACUCUCAAAAAUAUUUCUAGAACCAUCAUCAGGCCACUCUGAGCUAAAUAAUAAACCUCCCUCAAGUGGCAUUAGCAAAAGUCUAGAAAGAAAUGCUAAAGAAGAAAGUUCUGCAGCUGACCGUCUUCAAGAACUAACCUGUCUGUCAGUGCAGAACACUGAGAACUGGGAUCUAGACAAGACUUCUGCAGAGCUGAAGCAGCAGAAAAAUGCACAUAAUACUCAUGCAGGAAUAGCCUUCUCCUCAGCAGAUUAUGUAACCUUCAGAGGUAGAUCUGAAAAGCAGCUCAUGGAAAAACUGGAAGAGCUGUGUGACAGGCAGUCCCGGACACUGUUUUCACACUGCAGGUGGCCGUCAGCCAAAAUCUCCAUUCAAGAAGAGCAAGAGAACAAGAAGGAUGUUGCCUUCCUCUCAUCUUCACCAAGCUCUCUGAGGAUGGAUACAGUGAGAUUGCAGUGCCUGCCAGAGCCUCCAACUGUGUACAUAGAUUUAAGAGAUGCUGAACCACAGAAGUCAGUAACAUUCUCUGAUGAGAAACAGAGUGCAGGUGACAGCUCCACUGAUGAAGAUGAGACUAUGACUGUUAUGGACAAAGAAGAAAGGGAAAUCAGGAAGAAUUGCUCAGGGAAGUGCCUGCUACUGCACCAACUUCGUAGAGCCCGUAAAGAGGACUCAGAGCUUCUUCACAAAGCAUCUGCCCCAGCUGAAAGACUCAUGGACAUAAAAUGGGAUCCAGGAAGUCUGGAAGAGAUGGAUGCCUUUAAAGUCAGUCAAAAUCUUCAAGUGAGAGAAGGGAUGAAUGAGGUCAUUUCCAGGAAACUGGUGAGGUUGGAGCCAGAGAGAAGAAAUACCUCCUUGUCGAGCCAGAGAGACAAUGGAGCUGAUAUAGAAAUAAAAAAUGUAAUGGAAGAUGAGAAGGUUCAACAUUCAGGAAAUGCUUCAGAAUCUCCCCUACCUACAAAAGAAUUUCCAAGGACUGAAGAAAGUGACCGACAGCUAUCCCGAAAGGAAGAACAGAUGAAAGAGAAACACAUGGGACGUGGAUCCCAGGAGCAGCUGGAGAGAUCACAGCCUCAGCAGUUGGUUACUGGAAAGCAGCCCAUGGCAGAGAAAGCACCUGUUUUGUUCCACAUGGGAACCUCUUAUUUGCCAGUUGUUGACGGGUUGCCUGGACUGGGCAGUGUGAGAGAUGUAGUUUGGCUGCUGAGUUGUGGCCGGGUACCCACAGAUGAGAGCAGUGGGCAGAUGCGCGGCACUGCACUGAGAGCAGCUGACACCUCCCGUGCCCUUGUGACAUGGCUUCUAUCUCUGGUGCCUCCUGUGAUAAUGAAAGGACCCAAAGGUCCAUUUCAGGCAAUAGGUCUACAGCAGAACCAGCAAGAGGAUGAAUUGGCCCUGUCUGCUUGUCUCAUGCCAACGGAUGAAUCUCCAGCCCAGGACUUGAUGCUGAUUAAAGAAAAGUUAAAGAAGAUUAAACGACCAAGUGUAAGAUCAAGGCUGACAGACAAUGAAUUGCAGGACAAACCACAACUUGACAACCUUGUCUUCCAGAAGCUGCACUCCUUUCUGGGCUCUGGCCUUGCUUAUGAGGCAUUACAGUCACAGCAAAUCCUUGCAGUGGAGGAGGUGUUUGCAGUGCUGAGCAGGUUUUACAGGCACACUGUUGAAGCUGAUGUAAAAUGCUUCCCUAAUGGCAAUGACAUUGAGGCCUGCAGAGACACUGACAGCAAGGUUGCCAUGGUGUUGCUGUUUGAAACCCUCUCCCGAAGAUCCCCAGCUGCCCAUCACAUGCUGCAGCUGGAGCUCAGCUCUGGGCUGGGUACCCGUGGACUCCACCUGCUGUGCUCUCAACGUGAUGUAUUGCUCUCUAGCUCAGAAAAACUGCUUCGUUCCUAUGCUUCAGAGAGUGACAAGGUGCUGGCAUCAGGUGUGAGAGGGCCUAAAGGAAUUCACACCUUGCAGAAUACCAUUGGGCCAACUGACCUGCAGCUGGUUGGCACGACAGACUGCAGUAACAUCAAUGCCAUCUACUGCACAAGCCACGCAGAGCCUCUUGUCUACCUGUCCCAGCAGGACAGCCAUGUGCACAGGGAGCUGUGCCUCUGGUUUGGAGGGAGGGCUGCUGAUGCAGCACUGCGUGGUGGUAUCCUGGAUCCAGCUUCCAGAUGCAACAGAACAAGGUCUCAGAGUCCUUCAUCAACUAGAGCAGAAGAAGAUGAAGAGCAGGAUCAUCUCCUGGGCGUGGUGCAGUCUCUGCCUCCGGCGAUGCUCAUCUCACCUACCAAUGAGAACAUCAUUUUGACAGUGUCACCUCUGGUAUCUCCUCAUGUGUAUGGUAACGUGAUUUCGAUCUGUACUCAUCGUGGGUUUGCUCUGCAAGGAAUCAGGCAACUGCAGCUUUCACACAAGGAAGCCAUUGCACUGAGCAUGACAGCAAGUCAGAUUGCUGUAUUUUGCCCUGGCAAGAUUUCUGGUUUACCUGAGAACAGCUCUGCAGGAGGAGAGCUUUCUGCUGCACCACGCAUGCACUCCCUUGUCCUGUUGCUGAGAAAGGAGGAUGCUGGUCGUCAUGUUCUUGCAUUGCUGAAAGGACUGAUGAAUGAACUGGCAAAGCAAGGCCUGCUUGGUAGCAGACAGAGCAGCCUGCCUGCCACAGCCAGGCUGGAUCCCUUCAUGUGCUUCCAUGUGGCUUCUUACACGGAGAACUUGAAGGAGAUGCUGGGAGGAAACUUCAGUGCAGUUCCAGACCCGUGUAACAUUCCUCUGGAUUUCUUCUGCGAUCGAAUAUUUGCUUCUGAUCCUGAAAUGGAGCAAGUGGUCCUGCUGACACUGGUUGGGAUGGAUGCUAUCAGCAGUGCUGGGGAGCUGCUUGGCCAGAUCCUUCCUGGGAGCGUUAAUCAGGCUCAGAAUGCAGAAGGACCUGAUUCAGGGUUUGAGCUGCUGGGUCUCAAGUGGUUGCCCCAUCUCACUCGACGUCAGGCAAAAGAAAUAACCCCUUUUGAGGUUGGAGAUGCUUCCUGGCAAAGAAGCCUUGUUACACUGAUGUCUAAUCCAGUUCUUGUGUGUGCGUUACGGCGGAUCAAUGCCUUCCAAGUUCUUGAAGAUGCAUUAAAGAGGCUAACACAGUGCAGGGAGGAGCUAAGCAAAAGUGAUGGUGCUCUGCAGAGAGUAAUGGCCAUGACCCCAGAGGUAACAUUCAGACAAGCCAUCCUUUUCUUCACAGAGAAGGAUCUUGUAGCUGAUCCAGAACACCGCCCAGCUGCCAAAUACCUGCCACCGCCUGGCAAGGGAUCCACAGCCAGAGUGGAAGAGACCCAGAGGUGCCACGCAGAAUCACUCUUUGCCUACUUGCAUGCAGGAGCCCAGAUCCUCUGCACGGUGCUGCUGAUCAAACCUGGUGCCUGGAGCCAACAUCUUGUGAGGAUCCUCCAAAAGCUCCACCUAGAGAAAUUCACAGUGGUUGGGAUGAAACACGUGCACCUGGAGCCAGGCAUCGCCUUAGGACUCCUUCCUUCUGAAGCAAAGCAGGUGUGUGAUGAGAUGGAUGGAUGUUGAAAUGUUGCAUCUAGAGCUUUGGGAAGCUUAUAUAGAUGGAGACGUCAUCAGUGUUCUGCAUCUCCCAGUGAGAAGUCCUGAUGACGUCUCAGAAAAGUGGAUUAUGCGCAUAUAUUUGAAACUAUCAAAUAUUUCCAAGCCUGAAGGGCUUACUUAGUGUUAUAUGGGACCGAAUGAAUGGCACGCACUCGCAGUGUGCUGUGACAUGUUGCUGUCUGAGCUCGAAUCACAGCACAGCUCUGAUACUUCCCUCUGUGUUCCUGCAGUGCAUCCAUCCCUGUUGGCCUUUGCCUCUUGUUCCCACGGGCUGGGAGCACUCACAGAUAUCACAGAUUAUAUCAGACCCCUUAUCUCAGCAACCAGCUUAAGCACGGGGCACCUCAGAUUGUUCUGCAUUUCCAAAUACAGAGGAGAAGAUUGGGAUCGAGCCAACCAUUUUUCUUUUAUAGCCUACUUAUAAAAAGGCAGUUUAAGGGGAAUUGCGAGAGAGGGAAGAUUUGGGUCAAAGUCAGUGAAUGGCUUCAUGGGAUAGAAAAACAAAAGAUGCCUCAAAGUGUUUUAUUUUCAUAUUCUUGAAUGAAAGGAUGGGAUUUUCUUUUGGAAAUGUUUUAUCUCGAGAGUUGCUGUUCUCUGGAGCUUUGAAAAGAUUAGAAAAGAGAGGGAUGAAAACCUUUUUGGGACUGAAUGAUGGGAUUCAGCUGAAUCAAGCAAGAGUUUUUCCUCCAGCUUUUAAUUUCUUCCAGAAAAAAAAUUGGAUAUAAAAGUAAAUAACCACAGCUUGGUUUAGCCAACAAGCUGCAGGUGUUGGCAUGGAGCUGCUCUGUAUGCUGGCAUUGCUGCACUUGGUCGCUUGGAGGGCAGGAAUGCAGAGCUGGGUGCUCCUGCCACUUCUUUAGGAUGAAGGGCUCAGAAAGAGCCUGCAGCUGCUGUGGACCUCACAGUCAAUGGAAACAUCUGCAAAGAACCAGGCUUUGCUUAAUGAGAACAGCAGGGCCUUGGACUGCUUUGCUCCUUUGCCACCUUCUGCCCUGGGCUCAUGCUGUUUUUUCUCAAGACUUCUCACUCAUUACAUCCAUCUCUGCCCAACAAAUCCCUCUCUUGUCACUAGCACAAAUGGGAAGAGAAAGCAAGGAAUGAUGUCAGAUCUGUUCGCUUCAGAGGUGUUUGGAGCCAAAGGAAGGUUGGGAUCCAGGACUUAU